AUGGCCCAUGGGAAGAGGUCUAGGCAGCAGCAAGCCGAAACAACCUCCGUCAGCCUGAUGGACCUGGACGGCGGCGACAUGGCGCGCAUCCUCAUGCUCUUCUCCGGCCACCACAACAGCCACGGUCACCAGGGCGCUGCCGCGCCCGCGUCGCCGGAGAGGGUGUUCGAGUGCAAGACCUGCAGUCGGCGGUUCCCGUCCUUCCAGGCGCUCGGCGGGCACCGUGCCAGCCACAAGAAGCCGCAGCUGGCUGACGGCGAGCCGGCCAAGCCCAAGGUGCACGGCUGCUCCAUCUGCGGGCUCGAGUUCGCCGUCGGCCAGGCGCUCGGCGGACACAUGCGCCGCCACCGCGCCGUCGCGGCCGCAGGGGCCGGCGUCGAGCGCGGCCUCAGCCUCGACCUCGACCUCGGGCCGAGAGGCGACGGCAAGAAGAAGACAACGGCGGUGGCGGCCGGACUGAUGAUCGACCUGAACGUGCCGGCUCUGGCACUGGAGGAGGAGGAGCCGGCCGAUCAUGCCAAGCUGGGGCUCGCCGUGGAAAUGCAGUUUCCCGUGGUGAUGGAUUUUCCAUGUAUAAUCCUCCUAGCUGGGUAA